AUGGUAAGCAACGCUGAUGCAGCCAGAGAGCGCUUUAAAAUGACCACAUAUGAACAGAAUCCUGUUGGACAACCUGAGAGAGAAGCCCAAGAAAAGGUCUUUAUCAGCUUUGCUCUUAAGGUGAUCGCUUAUUCUACCUGCUUGUAGUUGGAUAAUUGUACCUCUUAAGAGCUCUAAUGUAAUGCCAUGCUACAAUGACACACUUAUAAUUUUCCAGUAAGGGUACAUCAAUAACAGUGUGGACUAUAGUUUCCUUAUAGGCCAGUUAAGGUAAUGCUGCUUUGUUUUUACAAUUACAUAACCAGUUUUACCAACAGUCUCAGUUUCUUCACCUUGUGGCCAUUUGCAGUCUGUCAUGGUAUCUGACCUGGGGGUUAAGUGAUAUGAAUUUUUCUGGCUCGUUUCUUUAGCAUAUUCAUCCGUCACCCUGCAACAUGAAUCAGAUUGCACUAAACCCUGCAUUUGACCACACUUUUUUUCCAUAAUUGGUUUACUGUUUUGUAUAUAACAUGCAGGUAGUUGAAAGGGCCAAUCAAAUUGAAGAUGAAUCCUUUGGCCACCAAAUUCUUAUUGCUAUGCAUAAAACAUACUUCUUAAAUGUUAAUUAUGAUCCUCUCGAACUGUGAUUGUGUCUUUAUGUACUCAGACCCAGCCAUCUGUUUGUUUUCUGGUUGUUGGUCUAUGGGCAUUGGUGUGCAGCUUCACCUAAUAUAACAUCCCACUGGUGUGGACUCAGUGGCCAGCAGGCUACCUAGCUGCACCACUCAGUAUGUUUAUUGUCUUAGUGCAACUGAAACUGGACUUUUAAGAAACAUAGAAAACCCAUCAGUCCAGCUGAAACUAAAUCAAGCUUCUUAGAAUUGGUCCAACAUAUCAAGAUUUUCCCUUCAGUGUACAUCGCUGACACCAGCUUUAGCAUUCUACACAUACUCCAGUGAUUGCACACUAGGCUAUGGGCUAGUGUGCAAUCACUGGAGGCACAAGUGUUUUGCUAACAAAACUCGACAGACAAAGAAAGGACAUCAACAAAAACAAUACUUUCCUACCGUACAAAUGAACAGUAUGGAGCUGUAAAAGUGACAUCAUGUAGUCUCUUACUUAUGUGUAAUGUUAAUUGUUUUGAAAUGUAAUAUAUUAACUGGGUGAUAACCCAAAAGUAACAAUCUGAAAUAACACGUCGCCAUCUAUAGACAUGCUUCUGUCAGGAGUUUGAUUUAGGCCCAGUGUUUGUAAACAGGGACAAGGAAAGUAGUUCAGUUAAUUUGCCUAAUGAAGGUAGGCUGACUAAUCUGUACGUGUCAACGUACUGAAAUUCCACAGCAUACUGGCUAUAGCAUGGUUUUAGCCUUAAAGUCUGGCACUGUAGGAUGAUGUCAAUGUUUAUUUGUGUCUUAAAUAUAGCCAUCAUGAGACAAACUAAAAAAUUACACUUUGGUGUGAAUGAAUCAUUAUUGAAACUAAGGAUGCAGAAUAGAAAUAUCACAUUAGGAAUAUUUGAAUGUCACCUAUUAAGAUUCUCAUAAUAUAUCAUUGUUUGGUGAAUUCAACCGAUGAAAUUUGUUUAAACUGAGUUAUUAACACUAUUAGACAUGGUAUAGGACCCACUAGUGUGUAAUGGAUGAUGUCUGGUAGCAAGUGCAGACCAGGCCCCUCAACAAAGUUAAAAAAUAAUCAAAAUCAAAAUAAUUCAUAAUGUCUCAAACUAAUUUAUAAUGUCUCAUUUAGACUGAUUGAGACUAUAAAUGCCGCAUUUCUGUAGCAAACAGAAAUUCACAAAUCCCAGUUUUUUUGUUGUCAACCAUCAGUUGUAAUGUUUGAAUACAUUUCCAAAAAGGAAAAAAAAAACACUCUUCCUGAAGUCAUUUAGUUUAACUGUUUUGUUGUUUUGGAGUUCUUGAUUCUCAAAAUGUUUUUUUUUUUCUCUUUGCACAGACCCGUGUGUGCACCCAGUCAUUUGAAGUUAAAGGAGGCCUUUCCUUAGCUAGCUCUCCAUCGCUGUUUGCAGGUAAGAUUCUUUUUGGACCAAAGAACACAAAAAAGAUUUUUGCACCAAUUUUGUGACACAAAAAGCUUUUGUUUUCAUGCUUAUUUCAAGGAUGCUUUUGUGGAGUAGCCCCCACCUUUGAAUAAACUCUAAAUUCUUCAAGCAAUCAAAUAUUUACUAGGAGAGAAAAAAAGAGCUUUUUAUUGUUUUGGCUGUAAAAAAGUACUCAACAACAAAAGCAGUUUCUAGAAGAUAAACAGGAAAGUUGCAAGAUUUAAUUAAUAUUUCCAGUGUUGGGGUAAUUUAGUUUGCAUUUCUAAUGGCACUCUGUCUUUUUGCAUGCAUUCCUGCUGUGUGCACAGUUGUAGAAGCCUGAGGCGCUUCAAAUCAGGAUAACAUUGUAGGUUUUUUUCUUUUUUUUUUUCCUGCACACUUUCUUUACAAACCUGGGGGUAAUUUGGAAAUACUGGUUUAAUAUUGCCUUAUAUUCCCUUAUUUAAUCUUGCAAAUUGCUCAUCUCACAGGGCAAUGUCAAUUGUACAAGAGCUAGUCUAUUUGAUUAAAGGUAAUUUGGGAUGUUGUUAAAAUUAGGAUACUGUUUGUGUGGGCAAUGCGAUUGUAAUAACUGCCAGGAAGAGUCACAUUUCCUGCCAACACCAUGAUUUAAAACCAAAGAUGAUUGCUCAUGGUUGUUUUUUUUUUCUUUUUUCAAAAGAGAGAGGGAAAGAGAAAGAAAGAGAGCGAGAGAGAAGACAACUCUGCCCAAAUUGCCUUGAAAAAACAAUGAUGUUGGAAAAAAAAAAACAAUUCAGAUGAGUGAUUGACACAGCGCCCAAUUCAUCACAAUGAGAAAUGGUGGAGGGUAUCUGACAACCGAAAAACACUGUUGGAAGGUAAACACGCACACACAACACUCACACACAGACACUGAAUUACUGAGGUGCAUAAAUACACACACUCUUACACACACCCAAACAUGAAAGUAGUUCAAUAGCUAUUACAGAGUAGCUUUGCAGAAAUUUGGUAUCAAAUGAUUGGUGAGAUCUGCUGCAAGCAAAAAAUGGAGUUGCAGCUGUUGUGUUUGUGUGGAUGUGCCCGUGUGUGUGAUUUGUAUGCGUGCAGCAGCAAUCUUGUGUGUCUCUUUGAAUGUGCGAGUGCCACCCCCCUGGUCCCUCCUCCCCCUCUGUCGCUCACGUCCAUAGCCAUUAGUGAGGCGGCCGUUGAGGCUGCCUUGUUUUGACAGAUGCUCACUCUGUCCAAAUGCAUCUCAGAGGACGUUAUGGCGCUUGUCACACUCCCCCUCCUUCUCGCUCUCUUUCCAUUUCCUCCCCUCUCUUCUUUACUCUCACUUUUCUCAGUCUCUCUUGGACCAAACAUGGCUUCAAGUAUAAUAUAUCUUGAGAAGUUGUUGUACUGCUUUUGAUGAAAUCAUCCCAAAUUUUCUGCAUGCACGCAUAAGCCCACUUCAGUCUUGUCCCAAUGUUUCAUGACACACUAUUCCACUUAUAUGCCAAAAUUACCAGUUCAACUCCAUUGUGUUGCUCCAGGGCCUUAAUACGAUUGAAGCGGGGUGAACUUUGCUUCAGGUCAGCCUUUCUAUGUUUUCUCAUACUGUAUGCCUCCAGGCAGGGUUUUGAAGUCAAAAGGGGAGAAGGAAAGGGGGUCUAAAAUGCCAACAAGAGAAAGUCUCAGGAAGCCUACUGCCCCAGUGUUGCCACAACGCUAACCUACCUGGACGCAAUGAGGCCACUAAUGCUAAUGUAGACUUCCUCUUGGCUUACAGGUCAAAACAGCACACACUGUGACUAGUUGGCAAAAUACAGACCUGGAUACUCCUCCAAGCCUGAUGAAAUUCUCUAAUUAAUUCAGCGGGAUGAUGGACACAUCUGAUGAAAAGUUUCUUCCAAAAACUGAAAAAUCCUUGUGACGAAAAAAAUUAAAUAAUAAAAUUCAUUAGCACUCCAAAUUAGAUAACUUCUGAAUGAGAUUAACUGUUGUUCGGGGCACAUUUUUACAGUAUCUUUUGAACGGUAUCAGGCUUGUUGGUCAUUGAAUCAUACAAAUACAAAAAAUUUCCAAGUCAAACUUCCCCUAGAUUACAGAUUCAUGCACAUGACCCUCUCUAUCAUUCAGCACUCCAUGCACUUAAUCAUGCAUGCAAGUCUAAAAACACACCAGUUGCCCUGCACACAUGCAACAAUUUAUGUGUUUGCCCUGGAGGCAGUUGAAUAUGUUUUAAGGGAAGUUUGUUAGAAGUCUGAUUUAACCUGCACCCUCUUCGGUGCUCGUAUCUUUUUUGCAUGCUCCAAGCGAGGUAAAGGUGACCUUGCCCUGAGGACUCAGAGCCACAGAGCUGCCCCUCUGCUUCUUUUCUUUGCCUCACUGUGGCAACUUAAGAGAGGGAGAGUAGAUGUGUGUGACUUUCUCUUUGAGUGCCUCGCUGAGAGUGUGUAUCUGUCUCCAAGUGUGAGUAAGAGUUGGCCAGGCUUCAGGAGGGCUGAAUCACACCGUCUGGGCUCUCCGUUGGAUGGACAGGGCUUGGCUUAGGGCUGAGAGGGUCCUUUACGCCUCAACACACACUCUCCCAGGUCUGCACACUCUCCUCGAUCCUCCUCUAAAAUGCUGGGGUGAUGAAAGGAGACAUGCCAAUACAUCCAAGAGUCCAACCACGGCUGGAAAGAAGAAAAAGAGGAGGGUACGAGGGGGGAAUAAGUAGGAGAGGAGACAGAGAGGUUGAAAAAUGUCUAAGAAUGCGUGACUGUGUGUGCAUGAACAUGCCUGUGUGUGCAAAGAGACAGGAAGUGCAAACAUUGUACGGGAGACAGUGUGUGCCGGGGAACAAUGAAUCACAGGGAAGACAAAGAGAGACAGAAGCUGAAGUGACUCUAUGCCCACGGUUAACGGUAUAUUUCCUCCAGCUCGCCAAGGAAGUGCGUGUUAGCAUGAGCACUGAGCGAAGGGGGCGGGGUGGGGGGAGUAGGGGGAGGAUGGGGGCAGGAAUGAAAAGGUUCAGGUCAACUUCAUCUCUGCACUCAUAUUCUCCACUCUAUCUAACCUCAAUCUGGGCAAUACAGACUCAGCGCUGGCCUGGAAAGUUUUCCCAUUGAGAUUCCAAAAAAGCAAUCUGGUGAACUUCAUUUCCGUUCCUCACAGCUGACCACGAAUAGCGCCUACGGGCAGUUGGGUUCAAUGUGUUGCAUCAAUACAUUGUUCAGAGGAGCCUUUGGAAAGGCUUUUUGAUGAGGACUGGCUUUCAAAGCAGCCUAUUCCCUGACUAAAGCAUCUGCCCUCACGAGGGCAAUACUGGAUCAUAUCUGUAUUGUUUUGGGGAAUCACAGCUGUACAUUAGCAAGAUGAGAUUAUCAGUGGUGAUCUGGAAUUCAUAUAAGGACUGAAAAACAAGGUAAGAAAUGGUCAAUCCAAGGUCACAAAAACUAGCCUACUCGCACCUUUAAAUUUUACAGGUAAAAUGGUAAAAAUCUAUCAGUUUAACUCAUUCAGUGCCAGGUUCAUUUAUGCAGUUUUCACCCAGUGCCACCAUUAACCGCAAUAGAAAUUUCUGUAUCUUUCAGGACCCACAGAAUAUCUUAAGCUUGGAUGAGAAUUAAGUGCGAUAUCUCAAAAGAAAGGGGUGAUUCUCUUCUUUUACCAGAAAAAAAGUAGGUCUCUAACCCACUCCAGUUGUAUUGGCUUUUGAGAACCUGACGCCGUGAUGUAAACCACAUGGACUGCUCGCGUCCUGCUUGCCAGGACUGUUGCUGAAUUCCGGCUCAGUCUCGCUCACCAGUACUGGCACCGCCGUACAACAACACCCUGAAAAAUUGUUUCUUUGAUUGUUGGCUGACGAUGUGAAGUUCCGGUACCGGGACCGCUACUGGAUCCAGAGACAGAGUUUGCUCUUAGCUAAUGACUUUGGCAUUUUCCUACUCUUCUCAUAGAGAAAAAACACUCCACAACUAGGCUAAUUGGCAGACUUGAUGGCACACCUUUCACUGGCGAGAACUUGUUUUUUGUUAUUGUAACAUAGUUAAUGAUGUAUUUGCCAGCUUUUCUGCGUUCAGGAUGACCCCAAACUUCGUGAAAUGUUGGGGAGAAAAACAAAAAAAAUGAAAAAUCCGUCAAAAUUUGUCGUUGGCACUGAGGUUUAUCUAAUACACGGCAACAUUAGUGUUAAUGUUUUCUUUCAAGGUUCCUCCUCUACUCUGCUGAUGAGGUGGAAAUGCCAGCAGGAGCUAACAGUUGUCAAACAUGAUGCCAUCUCUUCUUUUAAACAUCAAAUAACAAAGCUUCAGUGUAAAAGGAGUAGUUGCACAAGAAUCAGCAGGGCUAGAACUCACAACUGUCAAAAAGUGGGAAAAAAAGUGUUUUAACUUCAUUUUAAUUUCUGUUGUGCUGUCCAUGUUUUUAUCCACACCAUGGUAAUAGCACCUGUCCUUAUUUUACUUUUGUGAACUUUUGUGCACUGAGACUCAAUUGGUGUAUGAGAAAAUCACAAAACCAAAACCAAUUCAUCCUCUGACGCCCUGCAGCAUUUCUGGUAGUAUUUCCACAAUUACCUGCGCUCUACCUGCUAUAAUUAACUAACUGCAUGUCAGGAAGAGAGUUGUGAUCUGGAAGCUUUUCUUUGCUGCUUUUCCCAAGUGCUUGCUCAGGGUGGAAUUGGUUGGGAAUAUGUUAAUAGUACUGCGAAGAGAAGAGUUGAAUAGAUUUUCUUUAUGCAUUAAGAAUCACAACAUUGAUCGAUUUAUGUAUAGUUGUUCAAUCAAUACAGUGUAAAAAUAACAGAAUUUCAAUAUGUUGUUGCAGUCGUUAAAACUGCAAAGUGUCACUUUCCCUUUUUUCCUACUGCAAAAACAAAGACAUUAAAAAGUGUGUAUCACUGGACUUUGGAAGUGUGGACAGACAGAUUUAGUUACCUGUAAAUUGUGCAGGAUAAAUGUUUCCCUUAUUUUCAAACUAUCUCUCCAAACUAAGCUGAACUCGGCUGCGCAGAGCUAAGAUACACUGACUCGGCCUGGCAGAGGCUGCAUGUUUACAGUACAGACAUCAGAGGCGUUUCAGUUUACUGACUUGAGGCAAGGAAGAAAAUAAACAUAUUUCUUUAAGUGCCAAACUAUAGCAUGUGCCAGACAGAAAAACAGAGAGAGGAAGUAAAGUAUAACAGCUGCCACCCAAACAAAAGUUUAAAAGGUAUAAACUGAAAAUAAGGACAGAAAAAAAUACAGAAAGUACUGUACAGAUGUUCAAUCGAACUGUUACACAAAAACAGCAAAAAUAAAAGCUACACCAGCAUGCAGGCCCCCUCACAGCCAUAUAUACUUUUGUCUACCUCCUGGCCUUUCCCAGCAUGCUUUGCUGUGAUGGGUGACUUGAUCCUCAUUCCAAUCCCAGCACACGCCUCUCUGAGGAGCAGCGAUGUCACUGGAACAUGGAGGAAUAGAAAUCAAAUCUGUUUGAACUGAGAGCGAGCGAGGGAGUGUGCGCCAGAGGACAAGGCAGUGAUAACGGAUAAAAGAGGAGGGGGAGUAAAAGAAUGAUAUUUGAAUUAUGUAACUCAGCUCAGGGAUGAUUUGGACGAUUCCACCGUUGACACCAACAUCAUUUCUCAUUACCUGAGAGCUGUGUGUGCCCGACGCUUUGCCUCGUCCCGCGAGUCAUCUCGCACUCAGCUAUCAGAGUGAGAGAGGGAGAGAGAGAGAGAGAGAGGGAGAAAUAGAAAGUAGGAACAGAAUGAGGUGAGAUGUUUGGGAGAUGAGGGACAAAAAGGCUGAAGGCACACAUUUGUACAAACUGGAAAUAUAUGAAGCGAGAUGUUCGCACAUUUAAAUUACUGUGAAAGAUUGACUCUGUUCACAGGUAUUUUACAUACUGCAGCCUGCCUCAUGUACACAUCAACCAGCCGCAGAUAAAAGACUGACUCUUCUUCAAACUUGUGUACCCUGUCAAGUCUAUCACCACGCCAUCGCCUGGUUGUGUUGAAUGCAUGAUGGUCUCACCUGAUCCAUGCUAAUCAUUGUCAACAAAAAGUAGAAAAAAAAAACAAAACAGAAAAAAAAAAACAAUUGCUGACAAGAUGCUGUGAAAGUCUUGAAAUCAUUAACUACUGCUUUCUUAACAUACACAAACGCCAGUGGAGACUUAGACAAACUGCUGAUGAUUUUUUUUGUCUUUGGAGUCACUUUCAGGAGAAGCAACGAGUAAAAGGCUGUAAAGAAAUCUGUACUGAAACAUUAGCACAGCCAGAAAAGAGACUUUGGGUAUGCAUCAGAAAAGUUUAUUUUUUUUUUAAAUACUGUUGACACAAAAAUGGACACUUAGUGAAUCGUUCAACAUGUUUAAAGUUUUAUAAUUGUUUCCUGUAGCCAUACUUCAUUUAAUAAAUCUAAAUCCCACUGAGACAGCUAUUAGAUGUCAAAUUUUUUGUAGAUUUCAUAUUUUUAGACGAAAUUCAGACAUUGCACUUGAACCCAUUAUUCGAUAACUACUUAUUUCAAAAAGUGCAACUGUGAGUUGCAUAACUGAUCUCCAAGUACAUAACCAAAAUAAUAAUGAUAGCCGUUGAGCAAUAUACAGUUGGACCUCUGUUAGCUGGCUUGUCUAAACUUGGUCUAAAUUUAGACGUCUAAAAAAAUUAAAGUUUUAGACCUGUGGUAGCCUGAUUUUAGACCAGUCGUCCAGACUACAUUUAGACGUCAGUCGGAAAAGCCUAUCCAUUGCAUACAGUCAUAUUAUACAGUCAUUUUCUACAUGUUGAAUAGGGAGACAGACUUCUGUCCAGGAUGCAACGACAAAGUUGUACCAUACUAAAUAUAUUCAGUUAUUCUGUUAUUGUUAGCAUGAUGCUAGUUAAUGGGAACAGUCCAAAAAGUAGAACUUAAUUAAUACUUAAUUAAUCCCAGAGGGGAAAUUUAAUAUUUUAUUCAACAUUUAUGCACAAUGCACAGUGCUAACUUAACAGGAUCUGUCAGAAGCCAUUGUUUAUGAAUGAAAAUUGUUUUCUACACAUUCAAAACAUCCCACAAAGACAGUCAAGGUUAAUAACUUGCAGUGGUCUUGUAAAUCCUCUAAAUAUCUGAUUCAUCUCAGAAUCAGCUUUAUUGGCCAAGCAUGCAACACAAAGGAUCUGAUUUACAUGAGGUAUACUUGUUUUAAAUACAGUAUUAACAUGAAUAUUAAGUCAUGGUGUGCAGAGGUACAUGUCCAAUUAGAAGAUGUUGUUUGCAGUCAGAAUAUGUUGGGGAGUUGUUAGAUCUUGGCUUUCUACUUGGGUAAUGGACCUGAGCUUUGGUUCCUCGAGGACUCAUCUUAGUCUUGAUCACUGCAGACUUGAGAUUUGACCUGUACUUGAAAACUGUGGACUCAAGGCUCAACAGAGUUUUGUGAUUCAACUACAAUCCUGUCUUUUCGUUCUGUGCUGUUGUCUGCCAGGACACGGCUUCAUGCUCUGACCAUACAUAGACAGGUAUUUUAAAAAGCAGAGGUUUUCCUCCUACAUUUUAAAAGACUGACCUGCCCACCCCACAGCACAGAAAUAGCUGAGAAUGUUCACAUAGGCAUGCCGGACCAGAAGGAGAUGAUAAUGUGUAAUCAGUAUGUCACAGCAAACACCCCAGAGAACAUUGUGCACAUGCAUACUGAGCAUCUCUGUACUGUGAGUGGAGUGUAGAACUGAAAAGGCAUGAGUGUGAUAUAUUUAUUUGCCCUUGCACCAUAACACAAUGAUGUAAACAUGCAGUUAAAGUACCAAGCAGAUGUGUGUUGGUAGCCCACCAACUCGGCGCAUAUGCAAUACAUGCAAACAACAACUGUCACACACAGGUCAUGGUAAUGUAGUCAGCAACUUUCAAAACUAGUACUUCUACAGUCCACACACACACACACACACACACACACACACACACACACACACACACACACACACACACACACACAGAGAGAGAGAGACAGAGAGAAAGAGAGAGAGAGAGAGAGAGACAGAAAGAAAGGAGUUUUUCAAAAAUCUUUGCCUUGAAAACUUUUUUUUCAGAGACCUUAAACUCAGUUUGCAUGUGCAGAAAAGGCCAGAGCACGUAGAAAGCUACACCUUUUCCAAGCUCCACUGUUGUAUUUAGAGCAUCUAUUAGGGUUUUUUUUUCACAUUGAUGAUAUGAACUGAUUUCUAUGCCCUCAUUUAUAAUGUCUAAAAUUUGUGUGAGAGGGUAAGUGUCAGAUGAGCAGCUGAAGAAACAGCCCUGUCUUUACAAUUUGCAAUAUUUACAAUAAAUGAUACGUUCAAUGGUCAAAAGCCAGCAUGGGAUUUUUCAGAGAAAAAGGACUACUUAAGGAUGUAGAGGACAGGAUAAGCAAUGCUUCAUUCAUAGGGGGACGCCCAGAAUUUAAUGCAAACUUGUAGGUCCUCACAGGAUCUUUAAUAGCCAUUUUUUAAAAUUUUCUACAAUGUAUUUAUCCUUUUACUAUGCCAUAAUCUUUUCAUUUUGUUUGUGUUGUAGUCCAUUAUAUCUUUUUUCUUAAACUGAAGUAGACAUAAAAUAAAAAUGCGAGCUGUUGUGUCGCUCAAGCACAGUUUGCGAGUUGGCAUUUGAAGGAUAUAUUGGUAUUUCACAACCUCAAUACUCUGCUUUUAAAGAGGCUCAGUAAACAGACUACAAACUGUGACUACAAUAUUGAUGUUUUUGACGUGCUGCUGAUAGUUUUGUGUCAGGCUGAGUAUCUUCAGUUAUGGAUUAGGGAGUAUGCAUUCUGAAGUACGCUAAACACACACACAUGUAUGAGCUGUGCCAGUCUGCUCCUCUGAGCUGUGUCGGUGUGGGGGUGGUUGGUGCAUGGCACAUCGCUUAAAAUAGACAUUCACUCCCUUGCAAGAGGAGGUUGACAAAGAAGUGAGAGGGAAUGAAAGCGCAUGAGGGAGUGAGAGAGUGUGACAGAGAAAGACAAAGAGAGGAGAAGAAAGGAAGACAAGCGGAGAGAAAGACAGAAUCCUCUGCACCGAACUAUCUCAAAGGAAACAAACACACACACUCACACACAUCUGUGAGAGUUUGAAAUGGAGUAGAUGAGGGAAAAUGAAUAUUUCAGGUGAUGGGAUGAGGCAUGUUUCCAGGAAAGUGAACAGGGACAGGUGCAGAGAGGAGAGAUGAAGUGCAGAUGACAGGCACAAAGCUGCAAACAGAGACACUGUACUUGUUAAUUUGAUAAGGAAGAGAAAAAAUCAGCCCUGGCAGGCUGUUUUAGACCACCAAACACCUCUAAAAAGUCUGACAAAAGCACAACUCAUUUUCCAAAUACCACUCUUAUGUUAAAAAAAAAAGCUCCAAACACACGUUAAGUUACUGAUAAUGUGACCAAAAAAGACAGCCUGCAUAUAUACGCUAAGACUGCAGAAAACUGAUCAAUUAUACAUAUCCACAUCAAAGGCCCAAUGUCUCUUUGUCACAUGAGACUAAUUUUGAGAUGACUUUGAAUCAGAACAGUAAAAAAAAAGUGAAUAACACUUUGCUCUGGAUGGAUGUUAGUACAUUUCAUCAUUGUUAAUCUCUACUCGCCAACGCCUAAAGUUGAGCAGUCAGCAGAAUAAAGCUGGCUUGUGUGUCAUCUUUCUCUCUCUCUCUUCCUCCACCCUCCCUCAGCUACACACAUCUUCCGAGUGCUUAAGAUAAGUGACAAGACAUCAGAGCCAAAGACGCGCUUAAAUGCCAAGAGAAAACUCAGCGUUUGUGCGUGGGUGGAUGCGUCCUUCUGCGUGAGUGCGUGCAAGCUCUCAUGCAUAUGUGUUUUAAAAAAUGCAUGUAAGUGUGUCAGGAUAAGAAAUUUGAGUUGAGUUUUAUCAUUUUUUAUCACACUUUACCUUUGUGCGAGUGUACACACAUCCUCCUGUGCUGUAAAUGUUUGACUGUGACGUCUACAUGCGAGUGCCCCUCUCUUCUCGGUAAGGUUAUCCAUCACUCCGAGCAUCAGAUGACAUCACCACCGACCCCCAUCCUGCAACUCUUACCCUUCCACCCACCCUACGUUCUCCUCUCUGAUGGGUUGGCUUGGUGCCACCACCCACCUUCCUCCCCCUCCUUCUCCUCCUCCUCCUCCUGUCCCGCAUUUAACUCAACUGUGUUGUAAAAGUGCUGAAUCGUCAAUGCUGGCCACAGUAUAUACACGGCUGACGUGGGUCAGGUGCAGGAUGUGUUGUUGUGUGCAUAUGUACGUUGAUGUAUAUAUGUGUAUAUUAGGCUGAGGAUUUUUAAUCAAUACAGUGCCACCUCGCAGCCUCUGCACUCUUGUAAGGCCGCAGCUGCGUUAAUGAACUGCGAUCCACAGGGGGUACAUUAUGACAGCCACUAACUUUAUUAUUAAGCCCCAGCAGCAGCCCUGGGAGAGAAUUGUGGCUUAAAGUGAACCCUUAAUGGACAUGUAGUUUUUUUCCACUCUCCCAGUAAUGUGGACUUAUGUUCUGGACAGUGGGUCUUAAUUGCCAAUCAAUGUAAGGGGAGGUGUUGUGAACGCUGGGAAGUUUUUUUUUUUCUUUCCUGGACUGAGUUCAGCAAGCGAUCACUGGACCUUAAUGGAAGGAUCCACUAAACCUCCAAGACUAAAAACGUUAUUGCUUUUUUCUCCUAUUUGAGCCAUAAAACACUCUUAGAGAGAAUGUGAGCUGAGGGCAGUGAUAUGUCACUACGUAAAGGCUUUAAAGCAUCCCCGAAGCCUGAAAUCAAGUCCACUGUGUCACAAUUACACUGACAUGAUAGGAAACAUAUUUCAGAGACAAUGUUGCUUUAAAUCUUGGUAACAUGAGCUGACAUUACAAGUGUUGUCAAGUGAUGUUUUGUCGAAGCAGCACAGCAGAAUGACUUAAACCUAUAGCUGGCUGUUGUACUUGCUGUAUAUAUUCUAUAGGAGUCAAUACUGUGCAUUCAGAAAGUGCUGAGCUUUGCUUUUUCCUGUCCUCAAUUUCUCCUACAAAUAUUACCAAAUACAAAACACUUUAAUUUGAAUUAUAUAAUCUGUGACUAAUGCCUCUUUUUCUCCUGGAAUAUUAACAGUGCAUUUGCAUUUCUCUCUCCUAUAAUGGUGUUUGGGAUUUUGUGAAGUCAAAUAGCUGCUGAAGUUUUUAAGCUUUAGUGGAGACCAUUUCAUUAAAAAGCAGAUAUGAUGACUGCCAUUUAUAUGUAUAUUAUUUUGCACAUCUGAUACUGAAGGCACCAUCUCCUCUGUAAUACCCCAAACAGCUAAAGUCAUCAAAGUAGUGUGGGCCACUCUUUAUAGCAGAAGAGUUUUCUUUUUGAGGUCCUAUAUAAUGAAUGAAAUAGAUUUUACUUGCUUAGACUUAAACUGUAAACUUAGGUCAUCACUUGUCAUGCAGGUUAAGCUACUGACCUUGCAGCUCUCAGAAUAUAGAAGUGAAAGGGCCUCUGCAUUGUUUCUGCAGCCCAACUACAAACUGGGAAAACUUCUAGUGAUUUGAAUUUGUUCAUGUGUUGAUGUAAUGAUGGGAGUGAUUGCCAGAGGCAUGUAUGCAUAAGAACUCCCACACUUACAGAUUCCACUUUCACCCAUGCUAGUGUGGUUUUGCAGAGUCAAGAUGUCAGAGGUUAGAACUGGACAUGCCAGCUAUUUUGAUGAUACAAAAUCCAACACAGAUGUCAAUAACCUUUCACCCACAGACUAAAGGAAAAAGCAGUUGCAUUUUGUACUUUCCAACAACUUUGCCUGCUACAGUUAGUGCUAAUUUUUUGGUUAUUGUUAACCAUUUUAUCUCAGACUGCUUCAACAGCAACAUAAAGACCACAUAAAGAUCAACAAAGGGAAAGACAAUAGGAACAGCAUUCAAAAUAUAACAUUCCACUCAGAGGCAUUUUACACAGUUGCCUUCUGUCGUCCAGAGUAAGAUUCUGGAUUAUAUAUGUGCUGUGUUGAUUCAGGCUCUUCUGGAGCGCUCUCAAUGUUUUGUUUUGGUGUUUUUCCACCUCUGCAUUCAUCUGCAGCUACCUGUAAUAGAGCAGCGCCUCAUUAUCAUAGCAUGAGGUUAGAAAGUAAGACACUGCUGAUCUCCACAGACACUAAAUAUAUAAUUUUUAUUUGCAACUCACUUUAAAGUCUUGCUUUGAAGGAAACCAGAGACAUGUUGUAAACAUCUUUAAAAAAUUAUAUUGUAGGGGACCUUCAAUAUAAGGAAUAUGGUUCUCUAUAUUUUUUUCUGAAGAAUGAAUGUAGAAACUUCAAACUUAUACAUCGCUCCCUUAUAUGAAUCGUAACACACUAAUGAAAUGUUACUGCUCCCUCCUUCUCAUUUGGUAUUCAAGAGCUUUGUUCAUGUUGUUCAGGUUCAAAAUUUUAAUUUGAUGAGUGUGACAAGGUGCUAACACUUCGCCUGAACGGUCCGUCCAAACAAGGUUUAAAAUAUCAAGCUGCAUACAUGAUUGCUUACUCAUUCCCAUGUGUCCCCAAUCAUAAUAGGGUGGUUGCAUUCUAUAUUAUGUUUAUAAUUACAACCGUCAUGGCACAUUAACUCAGUCAGCCUUGAUGAAAUUAAUAUCAGAAAAUGAGCAAGGCUCCUUUAAUAUGAAAUGUGUAGUUUGUAUGUGGUUGGAUGUACAGUUUAUUUCCGACUUCAUGGCAAGUGAACAGUUUUAGCGAAGGCCGAAUGUCUUGUCAAUACUUGUCAGUGGAUCUAAAAUUAUGGGUUAAUUUAAUCAGAAUGUCUCUCAUACAGUGUGUAAUUAUAGACCACCAUUUUCUUGACCUGCAUGACAGAUUGAUCUUUUGCUCACUAACAGGCCAGAUUCAUCACAUAUAGAGAAGAGUAUAGAGAGCAGCGCUGAGCCUGAAGUGGACUCGCCGCUGAUAGAGGUGUUUAUCUUUCUAGCCCAUUACAGAAGAACCUGUUUGGAGAAAUCUACUAGAAGCAAAACAAUUUGUGAAGAACCUCAUUUCAUAACUUAAUGGGCCAUAUUAUUACAUUGAUUCUUGAUUUGCUCACACACAAAACUGCUCCCUCAUGGUUCAGUUGACAUGAUUGCACACUACAAAGAGAAAAAUGUGGGAUGUGUAAAUGGUUCUCUCUUGUCUUGUCUAUCAAAAUGUGUAGCUGUCUAUUCUCGUCACAAUUUGUAUUUCAAUGUGUUUGAACAUCGAGUGACAUUCACUGGGAAUGAGGAAGAGCAUUUGUAAUGUUUUCAUGUGCACCCAUCUGAUGAUCAUGCCAUGACUCCAAGUCUGUGCAUUAGCCAUAGGGGAGUGUACAUAUGUGUAUGCAUGUGCAGGUUGACCUCAGUCAGUGUUGUCCAGCUGCCCCUGCAGCAUGUUGCAUGAUGGGUGUGUGGAGCUGGUCUGGUCAGGAGAACAGCAGCUGUUUGGCGGUCUGGUCUGCUUCUUCAGAGGAAGACAUAUGUGGGUCUGACUAGCCAAGCUGUUCAGAGGUCACCCCAGAAUGAACCCUUUAUGAGGUCACAUGCAAACAGAAAUUGCAGUUGCCAGGCUGCAGCAUGUACAUCAUUUUGCAGAAUUAAUGAUUUUUUGUGUUUUGCUCGAGUCAGGCUGCCCUCAGGUGCAUUGAGAAAAACAAACGGGUAGUGUUUUCUUUUUUUUUUUAACUCUUUAUUUAUUAAUUAUUUUUUUAACUCUUUAGUAUCAUAUUUAUUACAUACUUUUAUAUACUUCUAUCAAAUCAAUAUGAUCAACAAAUUACUAAAAAAAACCACCCUUAAUACAGUCUGUUAAAUGAUGAAAAUGUCCUCUUGUAGUUUAUUAGUUUCCAAAAACAUCUAAUUUAUCAAACAAGACAAAUCAAUAUAUUUGUUAAAUUUUAAGGACAUGUUGUUUGUUUGGUUUUCAGUAGAAAGUGACUUAAACAUUUCAGCUCCAAAAAAAUUAAAUUUUUCUGGCCAUAAUUUGUGGUGUCAGGCAUUAAAGGGCUACGGUUUACAUUGUCCAAAUGGCACACACUGCAAUUUAAAUCAUAAUAAAUCUAAAAGUUCGAUGACAUUUCUAUUAGCUAUAAAAUUCCUUCAGUAUUUCCCUUUAACAUCAAAAAUGUAGUAGAUUAGAAUCGUAAAAUCAAAGAGAAGCAAAGUCAUUUUUCAGUUCUUUGCGAGCCUUUACAGCGAUAAAAAAUGUGAACAUAAGGUGAGUUUAUUAAAAAUGCAUCAUAGUGUUUUGAUGCUGAGAAUACCCAAAUGCAACAGUAAGCAAAGUCUACUUAUAAGUGGGCAGUAAGUGUCAGCCUCAGAAUGACCUCAUUAUGCAAGUUAAUACAAAGAAAAACAAAACACUGAGAGUGGCUUCGUUGUGGUGGUGUCAUUGUAAUGUUUAUAGAAAAGAAACUUUAAAAAGGCCAGGCUUGUGAAUGAUUUAUUGGCUGAGUAGUAUGUGACAGUCUUGCUUAUCCUGAAAAGUCAGAGCCUCUUUUGUGGCGCAGUAUUAAAAUCCACUUCAUAAAAGCAGCCGCGUUAAAGGACUCAGAGAAGGAGGCAGGAAGCUCAGGACUCUCCACAUUUCAGCAAUAAAAUCAUCUCCUGCCUCAAGUCAUUUCAUAAAAUGGCAGCGAUAAAGAGAUAGACUGCUCUUUAUUGUUUUUAGAUUGCGGGCACUUUGCGAACUCUCCUCGCCUGUGUCUAGAAUAAUGUAAAUAUUUCACAGCUAUGUGCAGGCUAAUACAUAAAACAGAUAUAUAAGUCCAAUAAAGCUGCAUAACUGUUUGUGGCUGGCUUCCCCUGAGGGGCCAAACAAUUUAGCAGGAGGGAAAAUUCCCCAGUCAGCUUACAGAGGGGACACUGAGGAAUAUUCCCUGAUGAAUGCCACACACCUGCUAGGCCUCGCAGACCAACAGAGACAGCAUAAACAUAGCUGUUUUCUUGAAAAGAAGCAGAAAGUAUCCCAAAAGUGCUAAGCAGGAGAAUAAAUCCUCAUGAUAUUGUCUGAAAAUGUGGUUUCAAAGCUUUUUAUCUGAGCAGCUCGAUCAGGCCAAAUCAUUUGUUUAAUAACUGGUGGAAUAGGAAUGAGAAUCUCCCGUUUUGAGGUAGUGCUUUCUGAGAACUGAGGAGUACGCAUAGCUUGGAUAUAUGCAGACUCAUGCUUGUAAACAAAAAGAAGAGGAAAUGAGUUUAUUGAACUUUUUAUCGGUAACUGCUCUGUGGCGUUUAUCGCUCACACGGGCCCAUAACCAAUAAGGCACAGAACAGACUAGGAAAUUGUUGCGCACUGUGGGCAGCAUUGCAACUACGCAAUCACCUAGGACAGCAGCAGCAGCAGCAGCACCAACGAAAAAAAAAAAAGCCUGUCCGAAUAAAUAGCAGCAAUCAGAGCGGAUGCCAUCUCUUGGCAUUGCUUUAAAUGCCAGCAGCAGACAAGAUACUCAUUAGGAAGAUGAUGAUGGAGGGGAGUAUUCAGAUGGACUCGUGGAGGAAACACAACAGCAGACAAAACAAUGGGCCCAAAUUGUGAGGAACGAUUAGCAUCAUUUUCAAUGUCAUUCACUUUGUUUUGUUUUGGGAACACAACAAGGACGAUGAAUUAUGAAUUUUCUGAAGCGUUUUUCGGGAUUGUUAGGCAUACAUCAAAGCACUGUUGAAAGAUGGGAAAAUAUGACAGCAUACUAAAUUUGCAUUGCUGACUUUUGUUUUUAUAAUUGGCUGUGAAUUACAUUUUGACAGGAACUAUCAUUAUGAAUUUCUGAAAACUUGGCAAAUUAUUGAAAACUUAAGACAAAGGACGUGCAAAAUAUGGGUGACAGAGUUUCUGGAGAAAUAUUGCUGACAGGAAAGAGAAUGUUAUGUUUAAAAAUGUUACUAAAUUGUGCCAUGGUAUGCUGCACAGCUCGAGAAAACAUGGAUGUGAUGUACAGUCAGUGCUGUUUGGACUCCACAGCUUUUCCCUACAUUCCAUCAAAAUGAAACAGGGAUGAAAAAAGCAAAAUUGCACCAAAUAGACCCACUGGUGGCCUCAUCUUUAAAUCUAAGUCUUUGCUUGCUGUCUUAAACGAUUACAGAGAAAUGAAAACACGCAUGGGGAUUUACAGGCGUACGGCCUGACCUCUCAUCCAUUUUACCUACCACUGGGACCCAUUGUGACCCUAAAAUUGCCAAUAUUGAAGCUCAGUGGGGUGAGUAGGAAUUGAGGUGGAGGGGGGCUAAAAGACGAGACAGCUACAGCUGUGCUCGGCUCUUGCCUCACAGAGACAGAAGAAGAGGGGGGAAAAAUCAUAAUCUCACGCUGUCUGAUGCAAGCUUAAAUGCUCUAUUGCUUUGCUGAUCACGUCGCGCUCCCAUCAUCUUUCCCUGGCGUCUUCAAGACAAAUCUGGGCCGCUGCCAUGCACACACACGCAAACCACUAUGUACGGCAACAACAGCAGCUGAGGCGUGAUGAAUGACGCUCUCGUCUCGACGGGUCCCUGUCGAUGCAUGUUCAAGUGGAUGGGAUUGAAUUUAACCAUAGAAAUGACAGGCCAUUCUUUUUUGGGGCAUGGGGCAGGCUACAUGAAUGGUUUGUGGUGACGAGGGGCUCGGUGAUUGAUGCCCCGUGGGGAAAAGCUGGUGAAUCUGUGGAGAAGGACGAGGGAAAACCACCCUUGUCAUAAAUGUUAGCGUCUGGAAGAUCCAAGGGUUGUGGUACUUUUCCUGAAUCCAGCCACUCCUUAUCCUCUUUACCACCUGAUCCCUGUUCCAAGGAGCUUAUACCUUUCCUCAUCCAACUAAAAUGGUCCUAUUUAUCACAGCCUGACAUUUCUAUCAUCAGUGGCCCACAAUGUUGUUGGAUGAGACACUUGAGUAAAGCUCUGGAGAGCUGCAGGGGAAGAUGCAGCUGCUUGUGCCAGUCUCCAAAAGAUAAAUGCAGCCUGCACUUUAAAACUUGUAGGUUACAUCUGCCCAAACCUGACUAUCCCAGUUUGUGCUCAUAUGGUAUGGAGGCAGCUUUUAAUUUAGGCAUUUGCUGAUGUUUAAGCGUGUAAAUUGUACUGGUUUAAGGGAAAAAUCACAUAUGGACUCUCCAAUACGCCUUGCUGACAAACCGUCAACCUGAGGCUGAGUUUGAGGUUGCUUUACUGCUAUUGUCCAGAUCAAAAACUUGGCCAAGGCUAGAGGUCUGAUUAAAAUGUUGAUAGGGACCAAUAAGUUAUAAAAGGCAAGUUACUGAAUCUAAGUGACUAUUAAAAAGUAACAGAAAUACAAAUGAGUUACAGCAUUAUGAAAAUCAUAAAUUUAGUUGGAAAAGCUACUUUUGUGUCACAUUUCUUUGCAAUAGUCUUGUUAUUAUGUAGGGUGACCAUACGUCCUCUUUUACCUGCACAUAUCCUCUUUUUGGGGGGCUGUCCGGGCUGUCCAGGUUUGUCCAGGUUUGUCUGGGGAAGCUUACAAAAUCCCUCAAAUGUCUGUAGUUUUGUACGUAAGUUUCGAUUUUGUGUCAUGUGGACUUACUGAGUGAAAGGCGUGUAAAAGACACUCAAUCUGAUUCAAAAAACUCUCAAAAUUAACCUGGUGUAACUCUGUGACUCCGCCCCUGCAUAGAUGUGUCCUCUUUUUGGGAAGUCAGGAUAUGGUCGCCCUAAACUAUGACACUUGCAUCUCAAUCAGGUAAUUUUCCAGUUAGUAUGUCGGCCAAGAAGGGCAGAGGAUCUGAGAUGACCCAGUACAUCUUUAUGUUAUCAAUCAAACAAUGUGAAUGUGAAGAGGACCAAAACAAAUGCAACAGAGGAUCAAUCUGGUGUGAAAAAUACUUAAAAGCUGAGAAAAAGGGCAAAAGGGAAACACUGGUUUACUGGCACUUUGUAAAUCAGCGUUUUUAUUGACAGAACUGUGAAGUAGAGCCAUAGUCAAGCAGCAUAUUUUGAUUUAUCAGGAGUGAUGUUAUUGUUACCGUAACCAGGAGAUUUAAAGAGAGUCUAACCUGGACAGGAUAAUGAUGGGAAAGGAGUGACGGGCAUAAUGGCGGAGUGAUGGGUUAUGUUGGGGAUGCCUAAAGUUAGCACUAACUGCUAACUGCUGAUGGCAAACAGAUAACAGAAACUAAUAGCCAAUAUACUCGUAGUCUUAGGGCCUGAUUAUACAACCAUAGCUGUAGGAAGCUGCACCCAAGAAAAUCCUGAAAGUGAAGUUUGGCUCCCAGCAUCCUCUGUCCCUUCUACUACAAACCCUGUUCAGAUCUAUGAAGCAGGGAGCUUGAUUUUCACGAUAUUUGUCUUACUCCUUUCAUAUUAUACCUUUCAACCAAGUGUCAAAAUCUAGAGGACGGACUCAAUGUAAAUCUCUUGACUGCAGUUUGAGUGAAUGACCCUUGUUGGCCACUGCAAAUUAGUUCUCUGAAAGCACCAGUCUCAACUUUUGGUAUGAGGAGCAUGUCUUUAACAAAUGCAGCAAGAGAUGGAGAGAAAAAAAUGGAAACAAUGGGCUGGUCUUUUAAACCAGCCUUAAAGGAACAGCAUCUACAUCUGGUGAACUUCAAAGGGCUGUGUUUCCCAUCACUCGUGUGGAAAUUGACUACCACAAAUUUAAAGACCGAGGAUCCAUGGAUUAUAGCAUCAGAAGUCUAUAAGCUGUAGGUGGGUGAUAUACCAUAUUGACCUGGGAAACCUAUAUGGAUCAUUCACCAAAGGGGGAAACAUCACUGAGCGCAUAAAACCCCUGGAAAGCUCUUCUUAAUGUGUAUUAAGAGGAUAUUGAGAAAGUAACAUUUAACCCUGGGAACCUACGGAAGAUAUGCUUCUGCACCCAGGAACAGCUUUACCUGUGCCAUCAUGGAAUAAUGUAGACCUGACAUCAAACACUCCUUGACUUUAUUAGAGGAGUUGAGUUGAGUUGAGUACAACAUAGUAGUACGAAGUUAACACUAAUUAUAUCAUCAUUAUUAUUUUGUUUUUGAAAGGUAGUUAUUCCGCUGACAGAAGUAGCAUGCCCUUAUUUUUUCAUGAUGCGAUUGACUGAUCUGCCAAAUUUACAAAACUCAUCCAUCAAGGUAAAUGUUUGCUAAUAAUUCUGAUAUAUAUAUAUAUUUUUUGUUAGAUUAAAAAUAACUACAGUCAACCUCAACAGCAAAGUAAUAACACAUUUGCACAUAAAUUUGUUAAUCCUUAAAAUCUCAGUUUAGCCAAUGGUGUGCCUUGCUCACAGACUCCAAAUGUUACUCAACCUGAAAAGCCCAACACUACAGAAAACCUGUCUUUACACACAAUCCUCUUCAUCGCCGCAAACAAUUACAAGUGGACCUGGCAUCCCUGCGAAGGGACUCCAGCGCUCGAAAGGAAAUAUGGAAGCUUCCAGAACAAUGGAGGGGUUAAGAGGGUGAGACCCCGGGAAGGAUUAGGAGCAUGUUUCUCACUAUCUUCACUUCUGCAGGCAUCUCUGCAUAGCCCUCCCAGGCCCUGCAGCCCGCUCCAGUUUGGCUCGGUCUUCUUAAACGCUCAAGUCCUGGAAGCAGCGAACACAUUUGGAGUUCCAGUCUCCAAAUCAGCCGGGGUAACAGACAAGGAUGCAUGA